UUUUCCUUAAAUAGGGGUGAGACACAGCAAGUUUUAGUUCGUUUCAGCAGCAUCUGUGUUUGCAGCCUACGAAACGUUCACCACAGAAACAUUUGGAAAGCUUUUCAAAGUCAUUGUAUAGAAACUCCAACAUGUUUCCAAGAAACAAACAACCACUUCAAAAAGAUUACGCCGCCUCUCCUUCCUGGCGUGGUCGGCCAAUUUCCCCAAAUGGCGUCUCAUCCUUCCAAAGGGCAUUAGAGGAGAGUAGGAAGGAAAACUACCUUCUCCAGAAAAAAAUGCAACAAAUUGAAGACGAGAAACUUCAACUGGAGGACAAGUGUAGACGAAUGGAAGCCCAAAAUAAAGAGCUGGAAGAAAGACAACAGCGCCAGCCGGACAUAAAAAUUAUUAAUGAGGGCUGGGGAAUCAAGUUUGCUCAGGCCCGAGAGCAAAUUGUGCACCUCAUUAAAGAAAAUAAGCAAAAGAGCGCAGAACUAAAAGAAAUGACCAACCAGCUCCAAGACAAGAAAACGAUGACUGAUAAGACACAAAGGGAUCUCCAAUACAUCGACCAAAUGGAUCAGCUGCUCCAAAGACAGCUCCGUGAAGUUGUGGAAGAAAAGAGAAAAAUCCAACAACAGAAGGAAGAGCAGGACAAAAAUCAAAGAGACUUGCAGCACGAACUGAAGAGCAUGCAGGAAAAAUACCAAAUGCUGAAAGAAAGCCUGGAUGAAACACUGCGCCAAAAUAAAGACCUUCUUCAACAGAAAGAGCAACAGCAGGAAAGACUGGAAGAAGGAAAACGUAUUGUCCAGGACUUUGAGUCUAAAAAUCUAAAACUGCAAGAGUUUUGUAAUCAGCUGGAGGACAAAGUAACUAAAGUGGAAGAUGAAAAGGACAAACUGGAGAAACGCUGCUCACAGAUGCAGAAAAGGAUCGAUCAGAUAGCGAGAAACAACUCCGAGCUCGUUAAGGGGAUUUUGGUGGAAUUCAAUAACUUGAAGCGUGAAAACACUCAAAUGCAGGCACAAAAACAACAACAAGACAAAAUACAUGAAGACCUGCAGCUCACGCUCCAAGAAAUCCAGAAAAGAAACGAGCAGUUAGAAGACAAGCACAAAGAAGUCCAAGAGAGAAAUGCAGACAUGCACAAGGACAAGCUGAUACAGGAGGCAACAUCCAAACAACUCAAAGACAAGCUUGAAGAACAACAAGCAACAUUAGAAGAGGUGGAACAAAGAUGUAAGAAACUUGAAAAGCAAAACACAGAAACAAUCGAUGAGUUGAGAAAUCUCAUCCUGGAGAAAAAAGCGCUCGUGGAAAAGUGCAUGAAAAAGAAGACAAAAUGGUUCCGCUUGUUCCGGAGGAGAGACGCUACUGCUUCCUCACCUGAUGUAGCCUCGUUUUGCUCCACCUCUGUUAACCCCCCUAACCAGUCCCGGCAGUUGACUGUCCCCUCCUGAGCCUGGUUCUGCCGGAGGUUUCUGCCCGUUUAAAGGCAGUUUUUCCUCCCCACUGUCGCCAAGUGCUUGCUCAGAGGGGAUUGUUGGGGUUUUCUCUCCUCUACCUUUUUUU